UUAUGCCAAGGGCCACUGGUUAGGUUGCGCAUAGGCUGCAGUUUCAGUUUGUUUUAUUCACCAUUUUGAGUAGCUGAAGGUAAAAAAAUAAACUAAAAUCGCGUUUGGAAGAGAAAUCGUUGCCUUAGAUUUAGUUUUACGCUGUAGCCGGGGCGUUGGAGUUGGAAGGUCUCGUUGCGCCCUUUGGAGUUGCAGAGCGGGACGAUUUUGUUUUUAUUUUUCUAGAUUUCCUUUCCCCUUUCUUACAUUCUUAACCUCUACAGUAUUUCUGCAAAAUGUCAAGACCAGUGAGGAACAAGAAGGUGGUGAAUUACUCCCAAUUCCAAGAGUCUGAUGAUGCAGAUGAGGAGUAUGGGAGGAACUCAGACAAGCCUAAGAAGCCUCGUGCGGCUCCUCGUGAGGUGAAGCGCAAGCGUUCAAAGAACUCUCAGGAGGACAGUGAGGAUUCUGAUGAAAAACUCUCAAAAUCCAAAAAUGAUUCAGCAGAUGACUUUGGUAGUGAUGAAGGCAACGACUUUGGAGAGGAGGAUGACGAGGAUGGAGGGAGUGACUUUGAAGCUAAACGAGGGAAAAAGGGAAAAACAGCCAAGGUGGCAAAGCCCACUAAGAGGACACCCAAGAGAAAACGACCUGCAGAUGACAGUGAUGAGGAGGUGAGUCGUAAGGUGCGUACGGUGCGCCAGGCUGCCACCAAGGCCGUGUCCAAACAGAGAGAGAUCCUGCUGGGGGACGGGGGCAGCGAGGACGAGGAACGUGAAGACAAAGAGGAGGCCUUCCCAGACCCUGAUGAGUCGGGCAGUGAUGAAGACUUCAUGGUUGAGGAUGACGAUGAUAGUGACUACGGCCGCUCCAAGAGCAAGAGGAGCAGCAAGAAGGUGAUCAGACGGAGCAGGCCGGAGAGGAAGGAGAAGAAAUCCCCCAAACCAAGACUAAAGGCCACCGUGACCCCCAGCCCAAUGAAAGGAAAGGGUAAAGGUCGCUCAAGCGCCGCCAAGGCCCCAGAGAAGAGCUCGCCCAAAGAGGAGGAAGAGGAGGAGCCAGAGAGCCCUCUGGAAGAGGAGGAAGAAGAAGAGGAGGAGGAGGAGGUGGUGAAGAAAGACUCCUCCCCCGCUCCCAAGAAAACUAAGGAGGUACCUGGGAAGGAGAAGAAGGAAAAGGAAGACGCAGAGGAGGAGGAGGAGGAAGAGGAGGACGGUUCGGAAGAGGACGCGCCCUCUGGGGAAGACUAGCCCCACAGAAGUUCCACCUCUCUCCCCUUCCACAUCUUUCUCUCUUAACCUUACGUUUUUUGUUUUGUUUCUCUUGGUUUAGAGGGUUUUAUUUUGGUUUCCGUGGUGGCCUGGCUCAAUGGUUUGAACCUCGUGGUGUUGUUGUUUAGUGUUAGUUUUUAUCUUCCCCUAAUGAAUGAAUGACUGACUGACUGAGGACAAUGUCUGUGCAUGAGAACAUGUAUACCACCAUAUGGCUGUGAGGGAAGGAAGGAAAGAACAUGUGAGAUUUGACUCUCUGUCCCAUCCACCCCGUCACUGUCCACUCUGCUCAGCUACACCUCCACUGGCUCACCUUUCCUCGCAUUUCUCAUCUCCUUCUCUGCAGUGACUGCAUUAGUCUUUCCUACACAAGUCUGUGUGAAUAUCAGAAAACAGUUUCUUUCGGCUUUGUUAGUUUGCCUUUCUGAGAGCUCAGUGCUAGUAUGGAUCCGUCCUCGACAGUCGCUUGGUGUGAAGAGUCAUUCGUUUUCUCUGCAGGUGUGUGUGUGCAAGUGGGCCUUCUAUAAAAAAACAAACACUUUCUACAGCCAUUUUCUUUCUUCUCCUGUCUCCGUCCCCUCUCCUCCUCAAGUAAUCUCUGGUCUGACAUGACUGGAUAGGUGGAAGCAAUGUAGUGUAACCCUUGCUUUUGCCUAUCCAGUAGAGUUAGAUCAGGGAUUACUAACUGAGCCCUGGGUUUGUUCAGCCAGUCUGGGUUAGGGUCUCCCUCUCCAUCCUGGUUUGUCAGUGGACUGCUGGUGUUCAAUCAAAGCACUUUAUUCACUGUGCAACACUACCCAUUGGUUCAGUCGGAACCCACCGCUGACGAAUCAGAGAGGGCCACACUGGAGACUCUUGAGGGAGGAUAUGAUGUCUGUGUUUCCUGUCUAUUUCCCUGUAUCUAGAUUGCCCUCAGAGGUACUAGGCCAACUAACCCCAUAGCACUGUGCAGACAGACACUGUGCUUUUGAAACUCUCUCAAACACAACACGUUUUAGCAGGAAGGUUUUAUGGUUGUUAUUUUAAUGUUAAUUUAGUUGAAUUAAUGCUCUGUUAUAUUUCCCCCUACUCUGAAGUUAUGCCCUGGUCCUGUGUCAAGGACCGUCAGUUUAACACAUACACAAAGCUUGUUUUGUUAUUGAAUAUGUACCGGUUCAGUAAUGUGCUAGAAGGAACAGAGUUGAAGAUCACUGCUUUGCAGUAGCAGUGUGUUAUUGUGCUUUAGACGGAGUGCUCUGAGCUUCUGCUAUGAGCUGUAAACGGUUAAUGAUGUGGUGAUUGAGGGGGUCAUGGAAGCAGGUCCUGGAUCAGCCCUCCGAGAACAUCUUCUUGUCUUUACCGUGUGCUGGUAUUACUACAGUGCAAGGGUGUGAUGGAGCACACGCUCAAGGGGUUUGGUGUUUCCUCACCCUAUGCCCUCUACCUUUGGUUUGUGGUUCAGAGAUGUUAGAUGCUUUGAAUGACUCUGCUGGGCAUGAUACAUACACACAGAACAUCCUCUCUUGUUCAACCCUUUGUGCCAGGCAUCCCCAAGCUUUUUUAAAUUGAAUUGAGAGUGGGGUUUUUUUUUGAGUCCCCAAAUUGAUUUUUUUUUUUUGUUGGUUUGCUUUACUUCUCUAUUCAGAUUUUUUUGUAAUGUUUGUUUUUUAAGAAAAGAAAUAAAAUUUAUCUUGAUUUUAAAGAAAAGUUGACCCUAUCCAUCUGUUUUUCUGCUGUGUUAUAACUGUCUGGGAGAGCAGACCCAGCAAUCCCUCCUUUCUGUUCCACUCACUUCCUUUCUCUCAUUCUAUUCUCAUCUCCUGCUCCUUCACUCAGUUCAUACUCACUCCCUCUUUCACAGAAGCUUGAUGCCAGCUAAUGUUUUGCUCCACACCUCUGCUCUCCUCCACAACCAAGAAACACUAGCUGUAUUUCCCCUACUCUGCCCUGCAGAGAUCUGAUAUGACUGGAUAGGUGACAACAAUAUGAAGGAAUAUAGGUCAAACCACUGCUUAUGCCUUCCUGGUUGUUUCUGAUCUGCAAAUGGUGCAGAGGUGAGAGACGGCAUGAAAUGAGUGCUGUUUUUCAACUCCUCCCUGGGUUGAAAAACUUUUGAGCCAAACCUAUGGUAUCAAAAAGUGUUCUUAGUCUAUAUGGAUUCAUUAUUGUUUUAGCUGAGAAUGAACUCUACCAGUUAUUAAAAUGAGUUUGGAUGCUUAAAGAUUGAAUCUGUUUCUUCUUGCCUUAUUUUCCCUUGGUCCUGCUGAACUAGAGGAGGCACUGCAUGGUGUGAUACAUGUGGAUUGGAGGGGAUUUUAUUGUGUUUAGGGUGAAUACUAAACCAAUCGCUAGCCCCCUAAUCCUCAGACAAUCCUGUAGAUCUGAAAUGAUUCCACCCAGUCUGCAGUACUGCCUAGGGCAUUAGGGGUCACUUUGAACUUCAGCAAAUGACUGCUCUGCCUCUUUGGUGAUGACCAACCGAAGCCAUAGAUCUGACAUAGAAAAAAGAUGAUUGGGGGGGGGCGUGUCUGACAUGUAAUCAAAUAAAAGACCUAGCUGACCAAGAUCGAAGCUUUCAUACCAGGGGAGGACUGUAUGUAUAUAUUUUGUUAGCCUAUCCUUCAGGCCCAAUGAUGUGUUCUGACCAAUACCAAAUCACUCAAGACCCCAAGACUGCAAACACAUGCCCUAGAAGCUGUUUGAGCAGACCAAAACUGUCCCUGGUUCUGGUGCACUUUCACUGUUACCCUCCUGACUGCAGUGGAUACGUUUAUUUGCCUAAUUCCAAACGGACCCCUAGCCCUUUGACCAUAUUGAGUAUACUUAUUCAAUCCUUUUCUACACAAAGGCCUUGGGGUUAGGAGUUCAUUUAGAUUGGUCAUCUUAGUAUAGGGCUUCUAUCAUAUUCCUGAAUGUCACUGAAUGCUUGUACUGUAUGGGGUUUCUGUGUUCAGGCAGCAGGGGUUCCAACACAGGAAUAUGAGAUCCAUACUGCUGGGCUUUUUUAUGCUCGAUAACCGAAUGACUGUCACUGGUGUCCCAGGUCUGAAUCAGGCCCUUGGUAGAGGGGAAGAAUGAAAACAAGCAGUGCUCUGGACCUCCAGGCACAGAUUUGAAUCCCCCUGUUUAACAUGAAGACAUAACCAUGAUAAAUCAUGGAUUUGCUCUUACUUUCCUAUGCUUUCUUCAGUAUCCCUGCAUUUCUAUUGCUUUUCAUUAAUAUUUUCUAUGUAGCUUACAUUUACAUUGCUAGUACAAUUUAAGCAAAAUUGUGAUUCUUACAGGUGAUAGCGCCGAGAAGCUUUUGUCAGUGGUGUGGAAAGGGAACGUUGAACUGUUGAAUCUUUUGCAUGUUGUGGAAAAGUGAGCAGUGAUGAUGAAGAAAACAAUAUUGUGGUCUUACAAAAAUAUUGACGACAACAAUGAUGUUGACGAUGUUUUGGUUUCCCGGCUUCUAAUAAAGGCAACCUACUUUUUA